GUCAAAGCCAAAGGAGCAACACCUACUUUCUAUAUUGGAUUUUGCUCUUGUUCUUACCAUAAAUCUUCAAAUAUGAAAUUUGAACUCAUGUUCCAAAUCCCAAAUUGGGACUUUUUAAAAAAUAAAAUAAAGUUGUAGCCGGCCGUGUUACCAACUUUAUAAUCUAUUAGAGCUACCUUGCAUGAGUUACUACUACUUCUGCUAUUACUGCUCAAAAAUGGAGUUUUGGAGCUUGUCUUUCCUUCUACUCUGUAUGUUUCAGAUUGGGUUUUCACAAUCAACCACUGACCCCAAUGAAGUGGCUGCGCUUAAAAAGUUGAUAGACGUCUGGAAAUUGGGAAGAUAUUUGAAUCUUUCAACUGACCCUUGCAACCCAAAUGCGAAAUGGGCACCUGAAACUGCAAACCCUCGUGUAGCUUGCGAUUGCUUGAGGGGCACUUGUCAUAUAACCCACCUGAAAAUUUAUGCUUUAGAUAUUUAUGGUGAAAUACCAAAAGAACUAUUUCAGCUUAAGAAGCUGAUGGACUUGAAUCUUGCUCAGAAUGUUUUGAGUGGCUCUGUCCCUGCUGAAAUUGGACAAUUAACAGAAAUGCAAUACCUGAGCCUUGGGAUAAACAAUCUGACAGGGCCGGUGCCCCCAGAGCUAGGCAAUUUAACCAAGAUGGUUUCUCUAAGUUUUAGUUCAAAUGGUUUUGUGGGAGAACUACCUACACAGCUUGGAAAAUUGACCUCCCUAGAGCAGUUGUACAUUGAUAGUAGUGGAGUUAAAGGACCAAUUCCGCUAGAAUUUGCAAACUUAAAAUCCCUUAGAAUUCUUUGGGCAUCUGACAAUCUCUUUACUGGAAAAUUCCCAGAAUUCUUGGGGACCCUUACUGAAUUCGUAGACCUACGAAUUGAAGGAACGUCUCUUGAAGGCCCAAUUCCUAGCAGUUUUAGUGCUCUAACUAAACUUGAGACCCUGAGAAUUGGUGAUCUAAGCUUGGAAGAUUCUUCUCUUAAUUUCUUGGAAAAUCAAACUAGUUUGUCCAUUCUGACUUUGAGAAACUGUCGAUUGUCUGGUGAAAUUCCAAGACGAAUUGGAAGACUGGUUCGGUUGCAACAACUGGACUUAAGCUUUAACAAGUUGACUGGCUCAAUACCAAACUCAUUCCAAGACUUGUCAAUGUUAAGUUACCUAUAUCUUGGAAACAACAACUUGAGGGGAGAGUUACCUGAGAGUAUCAUUACUCCAAAGCUUUUAGCAUUAGAUGUUUCUUUCAACGAUAUAUCUGGAAAUGUUCCUCCAAACUAUGAAAAAACAGGACUGUCAUUGAAUGUCCUCGGAACUUCAAUCAAUGCAAACAAUUUACUAGACAGGAAAUCACUUGACCUUCUGCUCUGCCUCCAACAAGAGAGCAAAUGUGCUAAUAAAGUACCAACAUCAUCAUUCUCUGUUAAAAGUGGUGGGACAGAACUAGUAUCUGCAUCAGGCACCAAGUAUGCAGAUGAUUCUGAACAACUAGGAGCAGCGUCAUUGUACACAAAUUCUAAGUUCAACUGGGCAGUAAGCAAUACCGGAAACUUCCUGUUCAGUCCAAAAGGGCCUCAAUACAUAGCAAGUACAGAUUCUCAAAUCACAGAAACUUUGGACUCUGAACUAUACAAAACAGCUAGAAUUUCGCCAAACUCGCUAAGAUACUUCGGCUUUGGUUUGGCGAACGGGGAGUAUGUAGUUGAGCUUCACUUUGCUGAGAUAGCAAUGGAGGACAGUCGAUCUUGGAGAGCCCUUGGGAGGCGCAUAUUUGAUGUUUACAUUCAGGGUGACAAAGUCCUAGAAGACUUCAAUAUUCAGAAAGAAGCAGGGGGGUCGAAAAGGGCACUGGUCAAAUCAUUCAAAGUCAAUGUGACGAACACAGUCAUGGAUAUCCACUUCUUUUGGGCCGGGAAAGGAACUUGCUGCAUCCCAUUUCAAGGCACAUAUGGACCUUUGGUGUCGGCCAUUAAUGCCUACCAAGCAGGUGGAAUUGGUUCAGCUUCGAACAGUAACAAGAAGAAGGUUGGAAAAGUAGUGGGGAUAGCAGUAGGAUGUGCGGCGGGCGUGGCCAUUAUCUUGUCAAUGUUCUAUCUUUGGUGGACAAAGCGUGCGUUACGACACACACAAGUAGAAACGGACUCACCCAAAAAAUGAUUAAACUCAUCAAACAAUAGGAUGGUUUCUUAUCAUUUAUCCUCAUGCUCUAAGCUCUGUUCAGAUGUUUAAUAAUUAUAACAAUAUUAAUUAAUAAAAUAAAACAGCAAAGUGCAAAGGGAUAAUUUUGAAACUUAUCUUUAAAAUGUAAUGAAACAUUUCGUUGUUAAUAUGAAAACUAUGGUUGAUGCAAUGCAACUUUUCAAUUUGGAUUGAA